AUGGCAGAAGAAGAGCUCCCGGGAAAUAAAAGGCCUUGUAGAAGCUCAGCCCUCAAUAGGAAGAGGAUAAAACCUGCCAGGAGGAAGCAAGGGACGGGUGUGGAAGGGACACUGCCUUUAUCUGCAUCCUCUUUCUCAAUUGCUUCAUUUUUCAAUAAUGUUCCCCCUGCCAGAGUCGCCUGUCCUUUGUGUGGGCAGAUGGUAGCAAGAUAUGGAAUCAACCAGCACAUUGAUGAAGUGUGUCAAAAGAGCCGAGAUGAUGACAGGAUUCUGGUUGGUUCGGCGCCUGAUGCGGGUUCAGGCCCAUCAGUUGAAAAUGUGCCUGGUGGUUGCAGUCCGUACUUUGCAAAUAAUGCCUCGACUCCAGAGAAGUUAGUAGGUGACAACUCUGAAACAAAACCCGAGGUGGGAGGACAGGUGAGCCCAUACUUUAAGAAGGGCGGUGGUCUCCUGUUGGGCAAUGGUGAGUCAGAGGUUCAGGCAGUUGGGAAGAUCUCCCUGGGAAGGCUGUCAACCAAAUUGUCCAGGAAGCGUCGUGCUGAAGGUGGCAACAUCUUUACUUGGGAUGCUAAGUCUCGGCCAGCUCAAGAUGUGUGUGACAGCUCUAGAGAGGAGAAUCCAGAAGGCACCACUUCUUCCCAGAAAGAAAACUGGUUGCCCUUUUCAAGGCUUCAGAGACAAACUAGUCCAAAAGAAGGAUUCGAAGGCAAACGAGAAACCCUGGACCCCACAUGGGAAGGUGACGCACGAACACUCUUGGGUGGUGAUGGUUCUGCUCCUGGAUUGUUUCCAUCUGAUCAUCUUGCUUGCGGUGAAGUUGGGCUGCUAACAGAGGACAACAAGGAGCAAAAUACUCCUAAGGAGGACUUGGAUUCUGAUAUUUGCAAGCUUGUAGUAUGUUCAACAGCUUAUAGUAAAGAAGCACCGUCAAACUUGGAAACCACAGACCUCUCUUCUGGUGAACAGGCUCUGUUGCCCAAUGUGAAAGGUAUUUGUUGCAAUCAGACACAAAAUACCUCUUUUGUGGGGGGUAACAUGGAAGUACUUCCUAUGGAAGAUCAUACAGACUUAAAAAAUGAAGUGGUUGAUUGUGUUGGUUUGGGACCUUUGGAAAACAUGAAUUCUCAGAGUCCAAGCAGCAACAUUUUAGAGACGGUUCUCAAUGGACUCUGCCGUGGAGAAGACCCAGGAGGGCGACCAUAUUAUCUUCAGAAUUUUCUGAUGGUCCUGCAGGCUGUGCUAGAGAAUGAGGAUGAUCAGAGGCUGUUUGAUGAGAAUGAUUUGGACACCAUUGCAAAGUUCUACCAACUCUCAGGUAGCUAAUAUUAUAUUCCAUAUUCUAAUGUUGAUCUCUAUCAAGCCCUCAAGGGUUUCUGUAUAUCUAGAAUCAAAACCACACUGCGCAAGAAAAGUAAGUCUCAGCAGACUUGAGGUAAACCCAAGAUUUGCAGAAGUAUAAAAAUCUCCAGGGGUGACCCUCACAUAUACAGUCAUGGGAAAAAGAAAGUACACCCUAUUUGAAUUCUGUGGUUUUACAUUUGAGGACAUAAUAACAAUAAUCUGUUCUUUAGCAGGUCUUAAAAUUAGGUAAAUACAACCUCGGAUGAACAACAGCACAUGACAUAUUACACCAUGUCAUUAUUUAUCUAAUCCUGGGCUGGAUGGACAAACAAUCUUGCCUGGUCUAAGGCAGCUACCUGUGCCCCACCUUUGGGUAGUUGGAGGUUGCAGCAGCUAACCUCUGAAGUAAUAUAGCGACAGGUGAUGACCAUCCUCUUGGGUUGGGAUGCGGGGAGAUGAUUACAUGCACAUAGAGUAAUAAACAAUAAUAUUAUACACCACUUUAAAAAGCACCUGCUGUUUUCUAAGCUCUGCACAUUUGUUAAAGUGUGAGGCAGUUCUUUCUCACAGGUUCACAAUCUUAAUAGGCAAAACGAAGAGGAGGAAGGAGGAAGCCAGCACUGGGGCACCUGCAGUUUUUUAAAUUAGCCAGGCACAUUUUGCACCUGGCUAUCAGUCAUUUGUGACCAAGUGAUGAUGCCUGGGUGCCAGAAUUGGCGCCUGACACACAGCAGCUUUAUUCUCCCUGCGGUGCUCUGGCAUGAGUCAGAUAUUAGCUGGAGCUGACAAUAUACACAAUUCAUUUUCAGCUUUGUAAUCUUACAAAAAAACAACAACCCCUAAACAGGCACCUAAGCAUUCUGUUAAUGUACCUGACCGUAACCUAGGUUUAAGGGGCCAUAUGGCAAAUAGCUUUUAUAUCUCAGUUUCUAGCACUGGACCUGCCCCUCCUUAGCUGAUCGAUGGGGACAGGUUGGCCUCCCCACUUGUCCUGAUUUUUUUUUUUACUUGAGAGGGAAGAGGGGCGACCCUUCAUGCCCUGCACAUCUAGUGGGAUUUGGAUUUAAGACAGUAAGCAGAGCACAUUAAUUUGCAAAGCAGACAGCUUCUGUUUGGUUCCUGUAUGCAGAGAUGUUAAGCCGUACCAUUAGAUGAGCUCUUUGCAUAACUUCCAUGCUCCCCAGUUGGUUGGCUUCUGCUAAGAGGCAGAUACAAUUUUUUACAGCUCUCUGAGCCUUUGAUGUUGGGCUGAUGAUAAGCACCUGGGAAAGAGGCUGUACCAGGGCAUGAUCACUCUGCUUGAGCAAUAAUUUCUGCUUUGCAAGUCUGGGCUACUGGGAAGCAGGGCUUCUGCGUGAUCCACAGGGACCUAUUUGAGCUAUAGGAGAGUGAAGUUGAUUUUGGAUAAAAUGUGCAUCCAGUUCUCUCCCCCCCCCCCAUGAGAUCUUUCCUCUUCAUCAAGCCUAAUCUUUGAUAAACUGCUGGGCCACAACAUUUUUCUCUUCAUAGCUCAAGUUAGCCUUCUGUGGCCUAAAACUAAAGCUUUUUGUAAGUCUUCUCUAUCUGAUCCCCUGGAGGCGAUCCUUGCUCCACUCAGGUGAUAAAGCGAAUGGCUGUUUUAUAAGCUGUGUGUUUUGAAAUGCAGUUGGAAGUGUUUCCCAACUCAGAACCAAUUUGCCAAUGUCUUUUGUUACCUGGCCCACAUGGAUUUUAUCAGCUGAAGGACGGCCUCUCUCUCUGCAGGGUCCCUCAUCUCUUGCGUCCAUUGUCCACUUCCAUCUUAAUGUUUCAGCAUUUUUAAUGUACUUCAUCUUUUUGACAGCCGCUUUGAACUUUUUGGAACCAUGACCUGAAAUGUUUUAAAUAAAAUCUCAGAGUUUGUAAUUAGCUCUUCACCUAAUAACCUUGCCAUACUUUCAUGUUGCCAUAAAGAUGCUGUUCCCAUUCUUGGAUGCCCGGAUGUUAUUGGACCUCAGCCCCCAUCGCCCCCACCAGAGAGGCCAAUUGGCAAGGAUAAUGGGAGUUGUAGUCCACCAAUGUCCAGGGACCCAAGGUAGAAGGAUGAUGCUUUAGAGAGGAGCACUUCCCAAACUUAAGAAAAAUUGCUUACCCCUUUGGAGAGUUGAGUCGUAUCCCUUCUCAGGUGAAUAUAAUGUGGGGUACUUAUAAGAAACACUGCUUUAGAGCUUUCAAAGCCGUUCAUGAUCACUGCCUGUCUUCCAAUACUCCCUCUUAGGUAUGCAGAUAAUAUUUUCCCCAUUUUACAUAUAAGGAAAACUGAGGCUCAGGGAGAAGGGAUAAUCUAAAAGCCAUCUAAGUGAAUUCAUGUCCCAAGGUGAGAUCUGAGGAAAGGUGAAAGUGCAUUUGCUUGGAAUGCAGAAGGUUGCGGGCUCAAUCCUGAAAUCUCCAGGUAGGGCUGGGGAAUACCCCAGUCUGGAAUCCUGGAGAACCACAAAGAAUCAGUGUAGAUAAUGCAGAGCUAGAUGGUCUGACUCAGACUUAGCUUCCCAGGUUGUGGGCUUCCUAGAGGCACCUGGAUGACUUUGGGAAGCAGGCCUGAUCCUUGUAAGCUGGUGACUUUCUGUAUGUUUUUGGUAUGUCUUGCAAUCAGGAUACAUGCUUACCUGAGAGGAACUUCAGUCAUUUGGUCUCCCGUGAUGAGCAGGAAUCUGCUCCAGCAGGGUGCUUUCGCAAAUUAGAAAAGGAUGUUUUGCUUUACUGUAAUAUUGGCACUGAGUUUGCUUUUUUAAAAUAGCAGGACAUAAUGGUAUAUUAAAUCUUAAGUGUCUCCCACACCUAUCAACCACCGCUGAAGGGAGAGGUAAGAAAGAGGGAUGAUGAUCUGUAAAAUCAGCAUUAUUUCUGGCUUUUUGACUUGGGAAGUAUCAGAGGGAGAACAUCAAAGAAUCCUCAUCCCCACUGGGAAAAUGACAACCUGAGCUUUGAGUAUAUUCUUCCUCUUGGUAGAAGGUUGCAUGAAAUUUUCUUUAUUGUGACACCCUGGGGUGGAGGAAAAUGUUGGGGGAAAGUGAAGAAAGUUUAAGAACCAGAAGGGAAAAUGAAUUAGUAGUCAUUUUCUGACUUAAACGCGCGCGCCCCCCAAUCUCAUAUAAAACCAAGGAGCAGACGGAUAAGAAUGGCAAGACAUAACAAAACCCCAGGUGUAAGUGAAUAAAGCAACCUAAAUAAAUCAGGGAUGCGGAACAGGAUGCAAUGGCAGAUGAGAUCCUGAGCUCCUCACCCUUUGCUGGUCAGUUUGACAGAUGGUCAGGGCCUCCCAUUUGUCAGUUACAGACGUUCGCGUGAUGUCAGAUGACCUGACUUGAAAGGCAAUAAUUGGGAUCCCGAUUCUUUUCUUUCUCCUUUUGCAUCCUGGGCUGGAACUAGGAACCUCGGAGUGCACUCCUGGUUGUUGCUUUGCAAGCAGGGCUUGUAUUGGGUGCCUUUUACAUUUGGCGCCUGGUGCAGUCUCCGCUAGGCUAGGCUCCUCUCAAAAGCUCCCAUUCAGAAGUUCUUGGUGUAGCCAAUCAGGAUUUGCAGCUGAUCGGCAGUGAGGCGAUUCCCGCUUUCCGAACUCCUGAGCAGGGCCAAUCCCAGUGUGCUUUGCAGCCACCCUUGUUCAGCAUUUUUUUUAAAGUCACAUAUCAAAAGAGUUGGGGAUGCGUUUGAACUUCGAUCAGGGCCAGCUGAUGUGUGUUUGACAGCAAAGCUGCCGUGUGUCUUUUGCAGUGGUUCCCAAAGUGGGUGGUGUCUCCCCCUGGGGAAGUGGAAUUACCUAGAGGGGCACUAAGAGGAAGUGGAUGUUAGGGCAGCGGUGAAACUGUAAAUGACUACCAGAAGAAGAGCUAGGACCACUGCAUCAAGUUCAUCUGUUUUGUUGGAUUAAUUUAAGUAAAUAGUUUUGAUUGGAUUUUGACUAAAUGUGCCAUUGAUUGUUACUGGUUUGAAUUUUAUUGAGCUAUUAUAUGUUCUGAAUAAUGCUUUCUAUAGGGUAGAGUGGGAGGCAUUGGGGAUGAGUUUAUGGAACUAAGGGGGCAGGUGCCUGAAAAGCUUUGGGAACCACUGGUGUAGAUGUGGAUGCAAUUCCAGAAUUAGAAAGAACCUUUAGAAUUUUCUCUGUCCUUCUCCUGGUUUAUGAUGCCACUGCAGCCAGCGCUCAGAAGUUAUACGUCAGACUUUUCCAACGCAAGCUGAGUUGGAUAAAAACGAACAAGAUAGUCUACUUGGAGAUUGCUGAGGAUCUCUCAUCACACAUCAACGAGCUUGUUGGAACAGGAUUCUUGCAGUCAGGUAUGUCUGUUAAAAGUUUGCAUGACAGUUAUGUGGAAUAAAAUAAUGUGAUAGUUCCAUUUCUGAACUGCACCACUGCAGGUGGGUUUUUUUUGGUGUGGGUGGGAGUAGAUAAAAAAGUAGCCCCAUAUGAAAAGGAAAAACAAAAUAUUGUUGUAAGUAGCAUAUCAGGGAGAGGGAGAGGUAAUAAUGCUUUCCGUAAGAUAGGAGUUUUGGGGGUUGUUUUAAACAUGGGCAGCAUUCAAAAAGUUGACCUCCCUGCAUACACUCUGGAAUGGUACAAUCCAGGAAGAUCUCAGCCACUCCCGCUCACUUGCAGAGAUAGCGUAGGCCUGGGAGGAUUUGUGCCUUCAGUUUUGUACUGCAGGUAACUUGCAACUUUGUGUGGUAAAUAAAUAAAUAAAUAAAUAGGGAUGGAAAGGGAACAGACGUCUGGGGAAAAAAAGACUUUGGCAAUCUCACCCACCAUUGAACUCAGGGUGUUUUUGCUAUAUGCAAUUUUUGCUUUAUGCCUGGAACAUAAUCCCUGUGUAAGUUGAGAGUUGCCUGUAUUUUCUCUCCUUGAUAUUCCUCAGGGUCUUGUUACCUGCCCCAAAUCUACAAGGUGGGAAGGACACGGACACAAGUAAAUGUAGAAUGCCCCUUUGCAGUUUGCUGGGUUUCAGCUUAAAUUAUAGGCAGGAGACUCUGCAUACUUUGUAUGCAUAGCAUCUUGGGUUCAGUCCCUGGUAUCUCCCACUGAAGGAUCAGAUAGCUGGGGAGAGGGGUUUGAGUACAACAGUAGCCCUGAUGAGGAGGCAGAUCUGCUGCCUGGUCCUUCCCAUGUGGGAUCUGCUAGCUUCAGAGCCUGCAUCUCAUGCCCUUCACACCAAUCAGGUGCCUCCAGACUUGAAUGACUGGGCCACAGGCUCCUCAGAGGAUCAGGAGAGACCUUUAAAGCUUUCCCCAAAACAGCCCCUGCAGCUUCUACUCUGUCAUUGUUAGCAUCUCUCGGUCGACUUAUCCUUUGUAAAUUAGUCCCUCCCUGCCUCUCCACCACAAAUAGCUUUUUAAAUUUGUGGUAUUCAUAGCAUGGUUUAUAAUAUGUGUGGUGUGUGUGUGUAAUGAGGCAGUAAAACCUCACGCUUUAAGCAGAGGAUGUGUCGUAACUUAGACAAUGACUGUGUGGCGUUCUUUGGAAUUUCAUGUAGCAAAGGACUUGGGUAUCUAUGGGGAGUCCCUUUCAUUAUUCUUGCAUUUUUCCCUGUGUACCUGCAGAGGCAGAAUUAAAAGAUCUGUCUGAGGCUCUUGACUUGCUUUCUGCCCCUGAGCUGAAAACCUUAGCAAAGGUCUUCCACCUUCCAAACCCAAAUGCACAGAAACAGCAGCUCCUGGAAGAUUUCCUCCGGUUGUCAAAGCAGCGCUCAGUCUUCAGCAGGAACCAAGCUGGCAUUGGGAAUGUGAUUCUGAAAAGGUAACUUAACUUUUGAGUGCCUUCCCUUCUAAAAUGAAGAAAUAAAAACAUCAGAAUUCUGCAUCAGGGCCACCUGAUGCAGUAAAAGAUGCCAAUUAACUACAUUGCAAAACUUUCUGUUGUUAAAGACUGAUAGAUGAAAAUCUUGGCCUUUCAUUCGUUAGCAGAAAGUUUUGAGGUUGAUUCCCGAAGAAACAAGGAAAUAAGGCAUUUUUGUCCAUAACACAGUUGGUGUAUUGCAGAAAUAAAGAGCCCGUCCUUUCAAAUGGCAUCUGUGAGAUCUAUCUCUUUCCUGCAUUUCUGUUUUUGGUGCAUUUUGUUUCCAAAAAAAAGAAAGGAAUGAGAUUGCUACUUCUCAGGAAGUUGAAUUCUGUUCCCAACAGAGACAGGAAAACAUACCAGUAUUCUGUGUCUCCAUAAUUUGUUCCUACACUUUUUUAAGCCUCUAGAAAGGUAGAGGCUAGAGGAUAUUUGGUUUUUGCAAAGCCUCUGUUCUUUGCUUCAAGAAAUGCUGUACUUUCUGCUCCACUGUAAUCCAGUUUUCAACAGCUGCCAUAAGCACAGCAGGCACCUUUCAGGAGACUCUCCUUUUUAUAAUUCACUCUUGAACUAUGCACUGGUUUUUAAGCAGAUGAAUAUCCUGGUUGAUGUGUGUGUAAUUUUGGAGGAGCAUCUCAGCACUUCAGCUGCAUUGUUAUAUCUAUUUUUGCAGGGGGCAGGGGAAGAACGUAAAGCUAAGGGAAAUUCUAUUCCUGAGCUGAUGUUGUUUAAACAUACUCAUUUCGCUUUCAUAUGCAUAAAAAGGGUGAACAUAAAUGAAAUGGAUCUUUCUGAUUGAAAAUUACAAGAAAUCAAUAUCACUGAUGCAUGGACAAGGUCAUUGCAGUACGAUGGUACAAGGAGCAAAAUAGACGAUAGUGCAUUUAACCAAGAGUUGUUAGCCAUAAAUUGCCAUGUGUUUGAGGAGAUAUUAAAUUUUUGUUACAUGCAAAUUCAAUGAAAUGAUACCAUAGAUCACCAAAUUUGUCUGUUUGGUUUCCUUUUCUUAGUGCUUUCACCUUGUGUGUUAAUUUUUUGCAUCAGAGCAGCAAACCAAAUAUCUUGAUAAUGUAUGUGUAGUAAAUUUAAAUGUGGUGUGUUCCAUUGCCUUGCUGAAGUUAGCCCAGCAGCUUCCAGUUGCAUGAUUUGAGAUUAUUAUGUUGUUGCUGAGUAAAGUUUGCAGAGCUGUUUGCUUUAGGAAAAGGAUCACCUUCAAUCCAAAGAACCUGUUUGCAAGGAGCAUGCAGUAACUGUUCUAGCAGCGGGGGAACAGGGAAGUGACUCAAAAAAGUUAACUUGGUCCAGUUUCAGUUGGCAUCAAGGCUUAAGGGAUCAGGCAGUGGCUUCAUAGAAAUAGGGGGGGAGGAGGGACCUGAGAGAGAGAGAAGGUUGUCCUAUGUCACUUGGCAUUUCCCAACCUUGGUGCCUUCUGGAUAAUUUGGACUGCAGCUCAACAUUGUCCAUUCCUGUUGCCUGGGUCUGAUGUUCGUCUAGUGGGUUGAGGAUGGCUGAUGUUAGAAUUCUUGGUAGGAGCUCACAGAUUUCAGGGGCCACGGAGGGAAGGGAGGAGUAACUUGAGAAGGCAGGAGAACGUGGACAUUUGGAGUCACAGAAUUGUAGAGUUGGAUGUGUACCCCACAGGACAUGUGAUGAUGAUGAUGAUGAUGAUGAUGAUGAUGAUUUGUUUUGCCUACAAGUCUUUCUCAACUCUGUAAGAGGCACUAAUGUUUUGGAAAGUGCUUGCUUCCUUUUAUCCUUAUGUAUGCUUUGUGAUAAAUACAUUUACACCCACAUCCACACUCACCCUCCCAUCAAUGGAAUUAGACUAGAAAGAAGCAUCCUGUUGCAAGCAAACAAAUAAGGUGUGCUGUUUACUGGGUUGCAGACGGUGAGUGUGUGGGGUCCAGGACAAUGCCUCCCAUCUGCAGAUGGGCCCAUAGGCCCAGAACGGUUGGCAACCCCUGGCCUAAGCUGUGAAUAUCCCCAGCAGCCUAGUAAUCUGCCAGAGAAACAGUUGAAAAAAAAUGGUUUAGGGGCUAAAAUCCUUUUAAAGAGCCUCACCCUUACAAAAGAGUCGGCCCCAUUGGACAUUGUGGGACAUAAUUCUAAGCAAGCGUUGGACCAUGUGUCUCUGUAGAAGACCUGAGGGUGUUUAGUUCAUGUUGACUUUCCUUUUCCUUCUUGUUGUUGUUGUUGCGUACUCCUCAGAGCAAAAGAUGUGGCUGGCAGAUCUGUCAGGGUUCAUAAAGUUCCCCGGACAGUCUUCUCACGGGUGCUGCUGCUCUUUUCCCUGACUGACCCAGUGGAGGAUGAAGAAGCUGGAAGUGGCGGCCAAGGACAACUUUCCACAGUCCUCAUGGUGAACAUGGGCCGCAUGAUCUUCCCCAGUUACACAGUCAACAGGAAAACCCAGAUAUUCCAGGAUCGGGAUGAUUUCAUCCGGUAGGGAGGCAUUCAGAAGGCCCUGGAUACUGUUUCCCCCCCUUCUUACUGUAGUUUUUCUUCUUACUUUUUACAGAAGGAGCCCUGCUGGACGAGGCCAGAGACCCACCUAAUCCAGCGAUCUGUUCUCAUAGUGGCCAGCCAGGUGCCCAUGGGAAGCCUGCAAGCAGGACCUGAGGGCAACACACUCUUCCCACCUGAAAUUCUGCACACCUUAGAUUUUUAACCUCUGAAAGCUUUUAUACAUUUUGUUAGUUUUUGUAUAGUACUGCCAUGCAGUGGCUUCUGGUCUUAUUAUUGUUGACAUGUUUCUAAUGAAUUGCUACGUUUGCUUUAUGAUGAGUUUAAAAUGUGACAAUGUUCAUAUAAUCCAACUGGGUUGUUUUUUGGAUUGUCAGGGAAGAGUGCUCUGCUGCUCAGAUCCUGCUUGCAGCUUUCCCACUGUGAGAACAGGAUGCUGGACUAGAUGGGCCAUUGACAUGAUCCAUAUGUUGAUAUAUUAUGAUUUGAAAUGGUUUGGUAUUUGAUUGUUCUGACAGUGAUGCAAAUUAAAAAGCUGCAUGCAAAUUUAAACAUUAAAUAUUUGAAACCCACGGUAUGUGGAAAAGGAAAGAACGUUCAUAAGUUGAGGUCCACUUACCCAUCCACCUCUCUUGAUAUAAAUAUAGACCCUAAACUUGGAGUGCGUAACCUGUGGACCUCUGAAAAAAGAUUUGGGGACUCAGCUCACAGGUUUGGGAGUUAUGGCAUGAUGCCAUGAUUCCACAUUUAAGAAAUUCUGUUCUAAUUGGGAUUUGGCAGGUGGUACUUUUACCAUAAUUGUAGGCAGUCUUCCCCAACCUGGCGCCCUCUACAUGCAGAUCAGACCGUGUCAGCUAGGUCUGAUGGAAGUUGCUUCCUAAAGCACCUGAAGGGCAACUGGCUGGGGAAGGUGGAUUUUACAGAUCUUAGUUGGGAUGCUGUUAUUAUGGUGGCACAUCAUUCUGUAACUCUGAGGAAUUACCAGGCUGAAUGCUGUUCUAAUUCGAUUGCUGGCUGCUGCUGCUAUAGCAGUAAUCUUUAUUGUUAAGUAGGUGUUUCAAAACUAUCUUUUAAAAUAUGUUGUAUGAAUUUGCUUAAUAAUGCUAUUGUGAGGCACCUUAGAAGAAAGGUUUCAUCUCUAAAAGCUGGGAUAUAAAUCUACUGCAUAAACAAAUGCUACAGCAUAAUCUGUUCUGAGAUGGUGGCCUUCAUCUUGAAAUCAUUGCUUUAAAUUAUUAUUAUUAUUAUUAUUUCUUACUAGGUAUGCCAGUGCUGCGUACUUAUCAAAUGACAUCUCUGUGGCUGUGACCCAUGGGAACUGGAAGGAGGCGCACAGACUCUAUGAGGUGGCCAAAGAAAUCUGGCAGGAGUUGAGGGAACACUUUUCUUUGUGGUAUGAAGGCUGAGUGGAGCAGGAGGAGGCAAGGGGGGUGAUCUGCAGGGAACACAUGUGUGGGCUAGGGCUUGAUGCAGGUUGUACUCAAAAAAGUGGAAGGGGGGCUGAAACAAAGUGUGAACUCAUUUCUGGUGUAUUAUUAUUAUUAUUAUUAUUAUUAUUUAUUAUUAUCAUCAUCCCACCUUUCUGCCAGAAGCAGGACUCAAGGUGCCCCACCCCCCGAUUAAUCAUGGAUAAAACACCAAAAGUUCAAAACAUAUAAAAUACAGUUUUAAAAGUCAUUAAAUUAUAAUAGCAUUUAAAAGAUGUAAAAAUAGCAGAGCACUCUUAAAAGCCAUUUCCUUAAAAACAGUCAUUUCCCCAAAGCUUGCAGAAUUAAAGCAGUCUUCACCUGAUGGAGGAAGGACAAGUAGGGAGCCAAUCCAGUUUCUCUGGAAAGGUGUUCCAGAGUCUAGGAGCAGCCACUGAGAAGUCCCUCUUCCCAUGUCUGCACCAGAUGUGCCUGGGAGGGAGGUGGGACUGAGAAAAGGGCCUCGCCUGAAGAGCUGGGCAGCUUCAUGUGGGAGAAUACAGUCCUUUGAAUAGCCUAAGCCAUGAGGGCUUUAUAGGUCAUAAGCAGCACUUUGAAUUGUUCCCAGAAACAGCCAGUGCAGAGCUGCUAUAAUGAGAGAGUUGUGUGCUCCCUAUAACCAGCCCUUCUCCACAGUCGGGCUGCAGCUCCUUCGGACAGCUGCAAUUUCUGAGGACCUCUCAAAGGCAGCCCCACGUGUUACAGAAAUCCAAAUGGGAUGUAACUAAGGUGAGUGUCACUGAGGACAGAUCAGGCAUCUCCACUGGUACAGUGGCUUUAACUCUGCAAAGGCAAUCCUGGCCACUGCAGAGACCUGGGCAUCCAGGAUCAGGGCUGAAUCCAGGGCAGGUGUAGCCUGCCUUUGACAAGUGGCUCAUGUUCUCUGCUAUAAAUAAAACCAGAGUCUGUUUUGUUUGCAGCUUUGGUGUUCUAGGAAGCAUUGAUCAUCAGGGUUUAUUUGUCACAGUUCCAUGUUUUUGUUCCUCAGCUCCGCAGAGGUGAAUUGGGGAAUGGGUUUUCAUUUUUCCCUGAAAAAGAGCUUGCAGGCGAAUUUAUUCUUGACAGUAAAACCCUUGAAUAGCUUAGGGUAUUAUUCCUGGCCAGAAAUGCAAGAGAAUAAUAAAGGGCCUCAUUUUACAGUUUAUAAUUCAUAGUUUAAAAGAUUCCUUUGAGAAGGCUAACAUCUAUUGUGGCAUAAGCUUUCUUCAGUACACUGGCGAGUCUUUGUUGUCAUGAGAUUUGGCCAUGUGGGAGGCCUUUUGCAAGACCUCUUUACCCUGUGCAUAUGGGAACCAGCCUCAUGUUGACUCUUCCGCUUCCAAAAGGAUUCUGUAGAGUUACAGUGAACUGCUCUGGAUAUUUGGCCGACUGCCUUCAAAAUGUAGUCCAGCCUUCCUUCCUUGUUACUUUUUUGCGCAACACAGACAAUUCUUUUAUUUUAGAUUCAUGUAGGUAGCUGUGUUGGUCUGACGCAGCCAAAAUAAAUAAUAAACACUACUGCUUUAUAAUGUGAUCAUGGAACAUCCAGAAAAUAUAUAACAAUGCAGGUAUGUAAGAACAUGAAUCCUUCCCAAAAUAUAAUUAUAAAAAAGCCUCUUACAUAUGUACCUUAACUCAAUGAGAGGUGUAUGUGAGCUUGCUUUUGCCAGGUAAUCUCAUUUGUAUUAGGCCUAAUUUGAGACGAACAAACUCUUGUCUCCUCAUCACCACAAAGAAGUCUUUCUCUUUUCUGAUCUUUCAUAUUUGUCAGAGUUGAAAAUCCCUGUUCACAACAAUAUGUCAUAGAGAACUAUAGAAGAAUAGCCAAGGCUCUUGAAGAGAGGCGUGGAUACUGUUUCUAGUUGUAUAUCCAAAAAUAGUCCAGUGGCAUGCUACACAUUGAAAUGUUGAGUGUUUCUUUGAUUGUCCCUAAAUCUUGCUGCCACACAUGCCAUCCUGUCCUGCCUCACCUGUUGAGGACCCCCGCACUAAGCUAUAACCCCUUCCUAGAAACACGGAAGGCUGUGCGGUACUGUGCCAGGCUGUUGGCCUACCUAGAUCAGUAAUGCCUGUACUCUAGGCAGGAUUUCAGGCAGGGGUCUUCCUCAUCUCCACCUGCAGAUGGCAGGGAUUGAACCUGGGACUUUCUGUGUGCAGGGCCGGCCCUCUACCACUGAGCUGCGACUCUCCCCUGACAUAGCAAUAGGAGGGAUACCUGUGCACUGCAGGAAAUGGUGGCUGUCUUACAGCUUUUGCUUCUCCCAAGCAAUUGCCCAUCUCCAGCCUUUUUCAUAGAAUCAUGGAAUUGGAAGGGACCCAAGGGGUCAUCUAUUCAAACCCCAUGCAGCACAGGAAUCGCAGCUGGAGUGGGUAGUUCCAUGGCAAAGACUUCCUGUGUGUUUUGUCGUCCCCCCCCCCUUUACAGGUACCAUGCAGCCCUCCCGGAAUACUUGAGGCGUUUCACUGUUGGGUGGGUGUACACACGAAUCUUCUCCCAGGGUGUUGAGAUCUUGCAGAGACUACGUAUGUAUAAGGUAAUUAUAAAUAAAUAAAUAAAUAAAUAGCCUUUCACCAGCAGGUCCUAGGGCAGGUUACAGCAAUUAAAAAAUCCAGAAUUAAAAAUGAUUGAGAUGUAUUCACAAGGAAUAGUGUGGGCCCUGAAAAUGUAUGUCUCAGAUAUCUGUCAAAAGGCCAGGGCAAAGAGGUGUGUCCUCAUCAUUCCCGAAAAGCUGUGUGGUGAAGAAGCCAGGCAUUUAAAUGCGCAAUGUGCUGGGGCCAGGGAAUGCCGGACAACAAGCACUUCUGUAGCAAAGUCAUAAAGCCGACUGGAAGCUCUGAAAGGACCAGCCUGUCCUGGCUGCAAAUGGUAUCGAAUUCCAAAGUUCAGAGUAUGUGGCCGAAAGGGCACUAUCCAUGCAAAGGGGGCAGGUGUCAACGGGCUUGGUGGAAACCCUGAAGAUUGCUAAAAGUACAAACAAAAAACUGCUAAACACUCAGGCAAUUUUUGUUGCAGGGCCACUGUCACGUUUUACUACUAAACAUUUCUGUAUUGCAGUUUAAAGUCUUCGAAGUGCUUCACAUCCUUUCCCUUGCCAUAAUCCUUACAACAGACCCUGUAAGAUAGGCCUCUAUUACUUGAGUGCCCCCAUAAUGCAGAUGUAGAAAGCUGGCGUUCCAGCUUUCCCCAGGGCCACCUAGAGAGCUUGUGGCAGAGGCAAGGAGUGAGAUAGGAGUUUCCCAAUUCACAGCACAGUCCAGGAAUGGUCAAUGUGGCCCCUGCAGAUGUUGCUGGAUAUCUAAACUAGCAUCAUCUUUUGACCAUUGACCAUUCUGACCAGCGCUGGUGAGAUCUGGGAGUCCAGCGUAGUUUGAGGGCCACAGGUUAGCUAUCCCUGGCUUAGUCCCUUGGUCACCAAGCUACACACCUUUUUUUGACCAUUGGCCUCAUGUCUGCCCUAGGAGGCAGUGGAACAGCUUCAGGAUCUUUUGGCCCAGGACGUUUAUUGUUCUGACAGCAGAGGACGGUGGUGGGAUCGUCUGGCUCUUAACUUGCACCAGCACUUGAAAGACACAGAGGAGGUAAAUGCCCCCAUCUCUGCCCCCUUUGCACCUUGCUUGGAAGGGUGAUGUCUUCUCUCCUUGCUCUCCCACAAGCACCUUCCAUCUGGCUGUCAGCCCUGGAUGGGGCAACUUGUGCUUGAGGACAUCCACCUGCCCCUCUUGGUUUGGUGGGGGGUCCGUUUGUUCACCUCUCUGCAAUGCUUGCUUGUCUGCUAGGCCAUCAGGUGCAUCAGGAAAGGUCUCCAGGACCCAUUUGUUCGCACAGGCCAUCGACUCUCCCUGUCCCAGCGAGCCCAGAGAAUGAAAAAUUCCUCAGCAUGUAAGAAGAUAGGGCAUCUCCUCCAAGAUCUGCUGCUUCUUUCCGUGGAAGAUGUUGCCCAUGUGAGUAGCUAUUGGAUGUCUGGAGAAGCCUCUCUUUUGUGGUCUGGUGUACAUUUAUAAAUUGGGAAAGUGGAAAGGUGUUUUUUUUUCCUUUUUCAUCUUGGCUUCUAAAAUGGUUCACACCCAGUUCAUACAUAAUACUAAUCCAUGGUUUGUUUAGCCAAAGGUGGUGCGUUUGUACAUGUGAACCUAGCAGGUGUCAGGGACUGGCAGGGCACUGAGGAGUGGGUGGCAGAGGCUGUAGGGCCAGAGACUGACCCAGGGGAAGGGGGCAGUGGUUUGUGGGGUUUUGUGCCUGCUGCAAGGCAGGAGCCAGGGCUGAAGGCAGGGGAAGAGUCUGAGCAGGAGGAGCUAGGGGAGGAGAUGCAGGAUACAGGGCAGGAGCCAGACCUGGAGGAAGGGGUUGGGUGUGCCAGAACUGGAGGAAGCAAAAGUGCCUGACAGGGAGGCGGUGGAAUCCCCUCCAUCCCCUCCACCACGGUCCCUCAGGACCAGGAGGGGCUUGAGGAGACAGGCACAGCAGCAACUUCUGUGUAGCAGAAGUCACAGGUUGCUUGUGUGUGCCCCUUCAGACGAAGGUUCUACAGUUUGGGUGAAGGCAUGGUCAUGCUGUUGUUCCAACAGUCCAGUUCAGCGCACAAGCUGGGGGAGGGGGUGCCAGCUACUUGGUCUCCAGAAGAGUGUGUGUGUUCUGAACAACUUAGGAGCUGCCCUAAGUGCAUGCUUCGUCAAUAAAGAGUUAAACUACCAGCUGUUUGUCCCCCUUGCACUGGGUAUGUUAAGGACAGCAGGCUAACCAUGGUUUGUUUUUUGGCAACAGGCCACAGUGUCAAGCCAUGGUUUGUUGGUGGUCUUAACUGUGGUUGGGCAUUAUGUCCAAAUCCAGCAGCCUUGCUUAACUGUGGUUUGUUGAGCUACUCCACCCUGGAUGUUCGCCAAGCUUUGACGAAAUAAGCUGUGGCUUGUUGGCCUGUCUGCCGCUGGUUGUAGAAACUGAUCAGAACAAACUAGGUGUUCACAUUCUGCGUCGGCCAUUCAUGAGCUUUUAUUGUCACAAUGCAGGGUGGUAGGAAUUUUUUGAUGCAAACUAACACAAUCCCAGAGGAAGUGUUUUUGUGUGUGGCAUAUUGCCCCGUUCAGAUAACUCAGGAGUAGUACCUGCUCUUUGCAUGCAAAAGGUUCCCAGUUCAGCCCCUCGUGUGCCUGCAGUUAGAAAGAGUCUCCCUGGGAAGGUGGGUGAGCAAAUAGUCUGAGUUGGUAUAAACCAUCUGGUUAUGUUGAGUUUUACUAAAUGUAGGAGCCCUAGCUGAGAGACUGAGCAGCAGCUUCUCAUGCAGAAGCCCCAGACACAGUCCUAGCGCUGCCAAUUAGAACAACCUCAGAUCGCAGGUGAUGGGAAACAACUUUUUCCCUUGGUGAGCCACUUCAGCUGAUUGGCAUAGUGGGCAUGUGCCAGCUGAUCAGUCAGACAGUCCAAACCAUUAAUAAACUGCUGGCCUGUUUUUAGGUAGCUGGAUUUUGUGGCUGAGGUGCACAAUUGGGGCCUCCUAUCUAUAUGUACAGAGCUGCAGCAAGCACCCAAAAGGUGCCAUUCUGUGCCCUGCAGUGACUCCACUAGAGUCAGAAUCAGAGCAGCAGAUCUGACAGCAUCAAAGCUGCUUCAGGUGUUUGUGGGGUCUGUUCGGACAGUAUUGUUAUUAAAACCUGGGAAAAUGUGCUGUCCUGCAUCUGACCUGUGUGGUCUUGGGUGUGCACUAUUUGCAUGCUUGUCUGCAUGAAUGAUUGUGAUGCAUUUUGCAGAUUGCAUUUUAAAUUCUUGUUCUUUUUGAAGCAAUUCUAACCAUCCUUUUUCUGUACUCCUCUAUUUCUCCUCACUGCCUACCAUCCUUAUACUUCUCAAAAUGAUGCUUGAGGUGCCACUUUCCUGAACAUGUUUUGCCCAACUGCAUUCUUUCUCCGGCAAGAGCUGCCAUCAGAGCACCAGCCUCUUGUGUCUUCCCAUGUCUCAUUUAAUAGGCUUCAGAGGCCUAUGUUUCCUUCUGUGCUGUUCUCCUCCUUUGCUGUCCCCACCUGAGAGCUGCUUCAGCAGUCGUAUGGGGCUUCCUUCCUACGUGUUCAAUGAGACGUGCAAUGUGAGAACAAAUUUCCAGUCCUACAGCAGCCCCGUUUGUCAGUCCCCAAAAUGAGUCAAAGGGCUGACAAGGAGACAGCACUUAAGCGCUGGGUGGUCUUAUUUUUAGCUGGUGUUAGCAAAGUUUAAGUAGCAGCCUCUCUUCCCUCUCACCCCCCACUUCUCUCUCAUUAUAAUUUAGAGUUCUGUAAGUGAGAAAACAUUGCAGUGCACAGUGUUCUUGUCCAGGGUGCCAGCCAGUCAGCAGUGCCCAAUGGCAGGAUACUCCAUUCAUCUCCUCUCCUCUCCCUCGCCACCUGGUCACCAACAAUCUGUUGCUACUGAGCAUGCUCAAUAUUUAUUGGGCUAGUUUUGGAUUUUUACCACUUUGCAGGUUUUUCUUUUCCCUAAAGGUUCUUUGUCAUUCUGCAAACUUCGGACUUCUUCUCCUAAGGCUGAGGAUACUCCCUCUUUUGCAUAGGGGGUAUAUAGAGGAUAAUAAUUGAUUUCUGCACUUUGAUGGAUUGUUUUUUAUAUAAAAGAUUUUUUAAAGUUUUUUCAAACAAAAAUGAAAAAAACAUUAAGUUUCCCCCAGUCACCCCCCUCCCCCAGGAACAGAAGAUGUAUCAGAUUUUAGCAUAAGCCUGUGUGCAAAUUGAUUAUUUUUCAUCAGGAUGUGAAAUCCAGCCUUUCCCACCUGUCCCCCUAACUGUUUUCUAUGCAGUGGCCCUCUCUCAGUAUACUAUUAUUACACACCCUUCACCCCAAGGUCUCUCUCUCUCUGUGUAUAGUGAUAGAAUUUAAUUUGCUCCUUCUCCCUCCUGACCCCCCACCCUCCAUGGGGCCUGUGUAAAGUUUUCACCAUUUCCCUCUUGCCCUAGUUGCCUUCUGCAGUCUCCUUUUGUUUAUUUUGAACAUACCUUUAAACCACGCUCUCACAGAAAAUAUAGCAUGGUGGCACACUGGGUAAAAGCAUGGUGUUGUAGCAGCCAAAGUAAAAACAUCAGUAGUUUUGAUUUGCAGGUUACCAUCAAAGGAAAGCUGUGCCCACAGACCGGAAUGGGGAAGUCCAUGUUUAUCAUGGAAGAUGUUGGUGCCGAAGACCCAGGAGAAGACCUUGAGCCCUCCACUGUGGUGUGCUCUGUCGAGGAGCUGGCAUUAGCCCACUACAAGCAGCAUGGCUUUGAUCAAGGUAAUGGCUGGCCGUUGCUAUAGAAAGCCAUCAGCCAGCACUCUGCCCCUCCCUCCCAAUGCUCUGUCACACUGCCAUGUGAUCAGGAAGCAGCCAGUGUGGCUUAAUGGUUAGACUGCUGGACUAUGACCUGGAAGACCAGGGUUCAAAUUCCCACUCCGCCAUGAAGCUUCCAGACUGGGACCUAACCUCACCCUCAUUUAAGCAUGCUUUACAGUUAUCAAACCUGAAGGUAACCAAUGUAUGAACAACUUGCGGUCAAGUUAUCCUAGUCCAGGAACCAUUGCUACUGUUUCACCAGCUGAAGCUGGUUAAAAACGCCCUAUAGUCAGGUGGUUUUGUGGAUUCCGCAGUUUCAGUGCAUCUCCUUCCCCUCCUCCACAAACCCCGCUCCCUGCCAGAUACUAGGAAACAGAUAAUUUCCUCACAGAAUAGAAUCACCAAGAAGUGGUAAAUCAUGGCCGACUUUCUGUUUGUAAACUUUCUUAAUCUAUAAUAAGGCAAACCUUUUGCUUUGUUUUGCAGCCUUUUGUUAAUGCCUCUUCUUACGUAGCAAUCAGCUUGUGUCCUGAAAAUUAACUGACAGAUAGGUCACCCAAGUUGUAAUUGCUUCCAAGUUCUAAAGUAGUUGAAAGAAGGUAGGUUUUGCUGACCUGAUGCCCUGAAGGCUAACCUUGAGGGCUAUUAUGUCGCAUCUGGGCACGAUGGCGGUUCCUCGCUCCUAAGAUGCUCCUCUGCAUCCCAAACCGUUUUGUCUCUGGGGACUUCUGGAGAAGGUGAUGGCGGACUAGGCAUCGUCUGCUGACACUCCUGUCAGCAGAGACAAUUAUGCGGUAAUUUAAGAUAACUGGGUUAUAUAUCUUGGUUACCAAAACUCCCUUUUGAAAUGAGAGUUAGCCUCACAUGCUCAGAAGGUCAUGCCUCAUUCUCUCCCUCCCCUCUGCCUGAACUUCUUCACAACCCUUGGAGGGACUGGAAAGAACAGCCACUGUGGAAUGUGGGUGUUGGCCAGAAGACCUCUAGCGCAGUCAAGAGUUGUUGGAAUUCAUCAUAUUGGAUUGGAGAAGGAUUGUGACUGACAUUUAAUGAUAAUAAAAAUUGAAGAGCUUCUUUUAGUCGUCUUUUGGGUGGAGGAAGGUGAAUGUGAGAGGUCUGGGAAUGAAGAUUGAGGAAACAUUGCCUAGCAGAUGGAGAAAUAGCUGGACACUAAUAGAGCCCAAAGUUAUCCUGGAGUGCAUACUUCCAACAUUUUCGAAUAAUUGUUAUAAACCAUAAUAUACAUAAUUGGCAGAGAACUGGAAGACUUUCCUUUAAAAACACAAACAAAAAACUUUUUAUAUCUUACUUAUGACUUCUUCCUCCCCCCCAGCCCCAAUUAUCCUUAUGUUUUGUUCUGCAAUUUGAAGUUCCUUAUCUUAUAUCAAGAAAGAUACACACAGGAAGGUAAUGGAUUGAAGAUAGAGGGCAGAGAGGAUCUCUCAGGGUGAGAGGCUGCAGGAAGACUUAGUAAUUUCCUUUUUUCCUUCUUUUCCUUCUUUCCUUUUUUAUUCUCUUCCUUUCCUCAUCUCCCCCCCCCCUCUAUUUUUAUAGUAUCUUAUGUCGAAAACCUUCAAUAAAAAAUGAUUAUACAAAAACUUAUUGUGUCCAGUGUGAGAAACAGCUUUCUUCAGAGCAUGUGAGGAUAAUCUCAGGUCUCACUAUCUCAAAAGGGAGGGCAUGACAACCAAGAUUUAUGUCUUGGUUAUCGUUAAUCACCACAUAAUUAUCUCUGCCAAUGGGAGUGUCUGCAGUUGACAUCUAGUCAGUCAUCUUUCCUCCCAGAAGUCCCCAUCAUUGCCGAUUUUCAAAUCAUUUUGAGUUGUACUCUGUGCAUCUUUGAGCUUUGUGUUAGUGAUAAACUGGGUGUCAGAGGUAGCAAUUUUUGGUUGGCAGCUUAAAUAUCCUGCAGUGGCUUUCAUGAUUGUGAUGCUGUGAUAAUUCCUCAGGGAUUCAUGGCGAAGGAUCUACGUUCAGCACCCUCUACAGCCUCUUGAUGUGGGAUAUUCUCUUCAUGGAUGGCAUCCCUGAUGUCUUCAGGAAUCCUUACCAGGCAUGUUUGCUUGUUUUUAAAGUGCUUUUUAUUCUUGUAGAUGAUGUUUGAAAAGGGUAUUCAAAACAGCUUCUUUUAAAGUCGCAGAAUUCUCCCAGAGAAACGCCUCAAAAACAAUUUUGGGAAUUUUGUUGCAGAAUACACAGCUUUUGGGGAGCAUACCUGCGCACAAUGGAUUUGGCAUUUGCUGGGUGUUUUUGGAGUAGGGCUGGUGGCCUUGAGUUGCAUCUUCAUUAUUCUCUUUAAAAUAACUAUAAGGAAGAGGCAAUUAUGGGAACGCAUUGGCUGAGCAGGGGCCACAGAAUUGUGAUGGCUAAUUUGCACAACAGUUUGCAAAAACAGUAAUAAUAAUUUUAAAAAAUCAUUUUUAUCCUUCACUCCCUCUCUCUUUAGUUACAUACAUCUUGUUUGAUCCUCAAAACAGUCCUGUGAGGUAGGCAAGAUGGGGUCAGAGAUAGGAACCCGCGGAAGGUCAAGAGGGUGGAGCAGUUCCCCUGUGAGGAAAGAACCUGAGCAAGGGGAGACAGAGUGCAGGUGUCUAGGUUCAAGAAUCAUGUGCAGGAAAUGGAUAGAGAAGUUUUACUCCCAUCUCUUAUCCCAUUGGACCUUGUGUUUAUUUAAUGAAGCUGAAAGGUUGGAGAUUCAGGACCGAAGAAUGUCUCCUCAAAAUGUGUAGUUAACCUGUGGAAUUUGCUGCCACCCACUUAGAUGGUGGCUUUAAUGCUCACAUUCAUGGAAGAUCAGGCUAAGGCUGUGGCUAUAGCAGGGGCUGCACAUACUAGCCAGGAUGGCUCUUAGCUACAUCCAAGAUCAGAGGCGGAGCUGGGGAGCAGCAGCACAAGUGGGCUGUUGCCAUCCUGUGCUGCUUUUGGGCUUCCCAUAAGGGGCCUCUGGUUGCCCACUCUGGGGAUGGGGUGCUGAACCGCCUCAUCUUACGUUUUUAUGUCCAGGUGGGUCAAAAACUGACCUCCUGUUUCCUUAUCACUGCACCAGAAUAAUUGCCAGAUGUUCCCAGUCAUAUUCCAGGAGCCAUUACUUCUGUGGCUCCAGAGAGCAAAACUCAAGUGUGGCCUGGGGUCAGCUUGAUGACACCCAGACACAGUUGCGAGCCGGAGUCACCGAGGAAAUGAAGUGGAGAUCCUGAGGUUCUCCAGCCAGCCGUUUUAGCCCACAGAAGGCAAAGAACCCACCUGGAUGAAGUGUGCAGUGGGGGCCUUUUUGGUGGGGGCUCUGCAUGUGAACCCCUCUCCCAAACUGAGAUGUGUCUGCUCCCAUCUCUUCAUAGUUUCAGGUGACUGGUUAAGAUGCAUAUUUUCUGUGGGUGUUUGCGGAGGAGACACCCAGCUGGAUAGACGGAUUAGUUGCUGCUGCUGCUAAUAGAAAAUCACUUGGAGUUGUUGUGUAUUUCAAGGACUGUGUUACUUUAUAGAUUGCCUUAUUUCCCUUAGGAGGAGGACAGUGUAUUAAGGAUCCAAAUAAGCUCACAAGUGGUAGUUUGGGGCCUCUCUGCCUUUUACUGCACCCUGGCAACUUAAGGCGGUUUGUGUCGCCAGCCUCUUUCUUGCAGGGGAAGCAGUAGGUGAGGGACGGGGCCACACUGACCGUCCGUUUUCUGCAGACUUGCCCCCUGGAUCUCUACACUGACAGCUUCUAUGAGAACCGGAGGGAGGCCGUUGAAUCCAGGCUCCGCUCACUGCAUGAGGCUUCGCCUGAAACCCUGGAAACGUGGAUUGCGGAUGUCUGGAAUGCUCAGGAGGGCAAAGCGGCAGCGUUAAUCAGCUGGGACCGAUUCUCUUCCCUCCAGCAGGCCCAGGUAGGCGUCAAAGGCCCUUUGAGCUGCCCUGGUUCCCUUCUUACAGGAAAAGGGGAGGUGUCCAUCUUGCUUGAUACUUCAGUUUAAUUUGAGGCAUUGUGUCUCUUCUGUAGUUUACUGAAAAAAAUGGCAUUUGAGGUAUAUGAGUUACAAAAUAAUGUUUUUGAAUUGCUCUGAACUUAAGACUAGAAAGCAAGCAAAGCCCAGCAGCCAUGGCAUGGCAGGAAACCCUUCUGGAGGAGGGCUGGGGGGGGGGCACUGCCUGAGGAGUUUUGUACUAGUGGAUUUUGGCAAGCAACGUAAUAAUGUGGCAAUAUGAAUCUAUGGAAGUCUUAUCAGUGUUCACAUCAAUGAAAAUGCAGUUGGUUGAUGAAUUGUUAGAAUUGCACUUAGAGGAGUUCCCUGCCUGUCAGAAAUCAGGCAGGCACCUUCACCGCACUCUUUUCGGUGCCCGAAUAAAUUUUAUGAAAUUAAACAAAAAACAACAACAAAUGAGGUUGUUGCGUAAGUCAGUUAGUGCUCAUUGGUGUACGAUCACAACCGUUAUAUAUGCUGCUUCACAUACACACAUCCAUUUGCUCAUUGCUCAUUCAUCUACUCUGUAGUUAACCUGUAGCCUCCCCAGGGGAGGAGAUGAUCUUUGUGGGGGUUGCAGUGCACAGGGAGGGGUUAACCCUUCCCGUCGGCACCCUCUUGGCAGUAGUAAGGUUUCUCAAAAUUCUUCCAUUGUGCCAAACCUUUAAAAAACAACAAACCCCCCUUAUCAUUGGAGAGUGAAGUUGGGGGCAGAGGGGCUCAUGAGCCAGAGGUUCCCAUCCCGUCUUCUAGCCCCUUGCAGUUUGGGAGAAGGAAGGGAGAAAAAGUGGUCUUUCUUUUUGUAGCACCUGGCGCGUUGCUUUGGGGGUCCUUUCCUGAGUGGAGUUUGCCGACAGCUGAGCAGAGAUCUGCGUCACUGCAGGGGCGGCCUCCCUGAUCUCGUCGUCUGGAGAACGGAAGAUCACCAUUUUAAGGUUUGACCCCAGCUGCAUUGUUAAAGUUGCAGAGUGUACAGGUCAGGGAUGUGAUGUAUGAGAGUGCCCAACAGGUGGAGCCAAAUAACCCCCCCCCCAUCUUGCAGUCAUCAGUGUAAAUGAUAUCUGAGCAGUUUAUAUCAAGAAAUGAGGCUGAUAAGCAGCAGUUCUGCCUGGCCUCUGAGCAUCGACUGCCUCAGGCUAGUUGGAAGGUGGCUGGAGCCAGGCUGGAGUGUUUUAUUGUUGAGCAUGAGCUGCUUUGGAGCAAGUGGCAUCUCCUGAAUGUGGAGGGAGCAGCGUUAGCAGAACCUUUUCAGUGGUUGCCCCAAUGCUGUGGAACUAUUUGCUCCUCAGAGAGGUUUGGCAGGCACAAUUCGCUUGGCAGGCUUUUUUUAAAGUGUUCUUGGGUUUGUUUCUUUGGAAUUUUAUUGAUUCUGUGGUCUUACAUUGCAUACUGUUAUGGGUAGCACUAGUAGUUGAUUAGAUAUCAAUCAUUAUUCUCUGGAUGAACCUGCAAGUCUUGAAUAAAAAUCCUCAGAAUAAUGAUUUUGCAUCCUGUUGGUUGUUGUUUUUCUGCUAAACAAACUUAAAGAUCCCAAGGUUGCAAAACUUGUGCGCCUUUAGGAAAGCGCACUUGUUUUUAUUUUCCCCUUGUGGGAAGAACAAGACACAUGCUAUGAAACUGGCUUCAUCAGGCAGCCAUUGCAUCUGAAUUUUUCAGUGAUUCAAAAUGCAGAUCCAAGUUGGACUGCUUGGAUAUUACCUGUAACAAUUCAGUCAGGUAAUUGAGUUCUGCAUCCCAUCUCCUUUUCUCUACACAAACCACAAAUAAAGAAACCAUGUCGUCAUUUUUUCUGAUGAGUGAUGUCUACAAAAGAUUACAUCAGAACCAGCCUUGUGCUAAAAGUGUUUUUAAGAGCGGCUAUCAUUGCUUUCCUCUGGUUGGAGCCAACAGGCUACCUGGCUUGCGCUCAUUUGCUCUGGUUUGAUUUGGCACUGGCUGCAAAUCUUUGCAUCUUGCAACUUCUGUUUAGGAUGGAAAUGUAACUAAAAAGAGUUGGCUCUCCCUAGGGACCUAGAGCUUAACAUGGCAGAUUUCAUGUAUGUGAUUUAAGUGGGAAAGGCUAAGGGCAGGGCUCUGGGCAUAGGAUGUAAAAAACCAAAUGGAUGCAAACCCUUAGUCCUCUUUCAGCUCACUCCCUUAAAGCAGUUCUUUGAAACCUACUGAGAAACUUCUCCUUCUCUCUCUGAAUCAUCUUUUCAGCUGGUGGAAGUCAAAGGCCCCAAUGAUCGCCUUUCUCACAAGCAGAUGAUAUGGCUUGCCGAGUUGCAGAAGCUGGGUGCAGCAGUGGAAGUUUGCCAUGUGGUUGCAAGCGGAUCUAAAAGUAAACGCUUGAGCUGA